AUGGAUAGCAUGAGUGAGGCAUUUGAUCAAAUGCAAAUGGUCAAGGAUGUUCUAGCCAACAGUGAUAAAGUUUCAGAGGUCAAGGAUCAAGGGAAAUUCACUCUCCCUUGCACACUUGGGCAUCUUGAGCUUGACAAUGCCUUAGUGGAUUCUGGAGCAAGCAUCAAUCUGAUCUCUCUCUCCAUGGCAGAGAAGCUAGGCAUUGCUGGAGCCUUGCAGCGCCCUACUACUUCAAUCAUGUUUGGAGAUGCAACUUCUAAGUCUCCUCUUGGAGUGUUCAAGAACUAUCACUUGAAAAUUGGAGAAUGCAUCAUCCAAACUGAUCUUACUGUGAUGGAAAUGGAAGAAGAGAAGGAUCUACCUCUGUUAUUGGGAACCCCAUUCCUUAGUACAGUUGGCGCUUCAAUAGACUUUCACAAGCAAGAAGUGAUCCUUCACAAGGUUGUGAAGGAAAGGGUUGACAAAGAACCAAGAGUUGGGAAGGAUAAGGAUGAGAGAGGACCAAGGAUUGAGAAGCCACGUCUUGAGAGGGCUAGAGUUGAGAAACCACGUUCUGAUAGGCCACGAGCUGAUAGACUUGUUCAAGCCCCUUGUGUGCUUGAUGAAGAGAGCCUUCAAGCUUUGUUUGAUGAGCCACUAGGAAGGGCUCUAAAAGAAGGGGAGGAUGUAGCCUCUAAGGCAAGACCAGGGAUAAAAGAAAGGAUCCACCAGCUCAGGCCCCUUCAUCAAGCCAUCUCAGCUCACAAUGACUUUGUUCCCCACCAAGUUUGA